AUGGGCAACAUCGAGUCCAUCAUCAGGCCAGACAACCCCAAGCGCGAGCAGAAGGUCAGAGACCUUGUUCUUGACAUCAGCUCAGACMUCCAGUUCAUAUGCACCAAAUCCAAUGAUAUCAUUACCACCAUGAACCAGCUCCUCACCUCGAACUUCGCCCACGUCGUCUACGACAAGAAUAACCCGAAGCAGCUCCUCGAAGACAUCCGCGACCGGUUUACCCAAAUUGAGACCUUGGCGCGCCAUAAAUAUGAGAAGUUGGAUGCCGGGGUAAACAAGGUUCCCCUUGAGGAGGUUAUCAAGAAAUGGGAAGGCAGAAGUCCAGGGGAGAUUGGAGACAUGGUGGAUCAUUUUAAAGAUUACGGAUACACUGCUGAGGUAGCAGCCAUUGCUGCCAGUCUUGCCAUCUUUGUUGUUCUAGGCCCUAUCUUGACCACCAUGUUUGGGUUCAUGGGCACGAUUGCGGCUGGGGUGAUUUCCAUAAUUGGAGGUGCCGUCGGGUAUAUUGUCGUCGAGAUCGUUGCAGCGGAGGAAAAGUAUCACAAGCUCGAGGAAGCCAUUAGAGAGUUGACGAAGACGAAACAGUUGCUUAGCGGAAAUAGGGAGAAGAUCGCCAAUGCUGCUGAUGAUUUGAAGUUGGCAAUCCGUUUGGCGCAGGUAAAGAGAGCAUAA